AUGCACCAGAAGAAUAACCAACAGACACAGGAGGCCUCAUCGGCCACUGUUCAUGAUAACAACGAUGACGACGACGACGACGACGACGACGACGACGACGAUAAUCUCGAAGAUCCAUUUGGCGAUGGAGAGGCUGAAGAACUGGAUGAUGACUUGGAUGACAUGUCAACUAACCUGGGCCGUGGAGCGUGGUGGAGAGGCGUUGUUGAGAGGAGAAGUGGAGGUGGUCUUGAAAAUGAUGACUCUGAUGACGACGAAGAGGAAUUUGGAGAUUUUGCCAUGGCAGAAGAAGAGAAGGGCGGAGAGGGACAAGAUGGGGACAAUGUGGUGUUGAAGCCUCUCGCCGUACACCCGCCUAGAGAAAGUAGUAGAGGCUUAAGCGGCUUGUGGCCUUUUGGCUCUCGAGCCGAGAAGGACAAGGACGAGCCAAAGGGUGAUGCUGAUGCACGAGCGGCGGAAGAGAGGGACGAGGAGCCUGAGAAGAGGGCGGUGGAAGUCAAAGAGGCCCAGCGGAGAACCAGCAUUGAAGAUGAUGACGACGAUGACGAGGCUGGGGACGGAAUACGGAGCUGA